GAGCUUUUCCUUUGAAAACACACUUGCAUCAAGUUGGCGCUUACAUAGUUACAUCUCCCUACUCUUCGCGCCUAUUGAACCCCAUUUUAGUCAGUUGGUCUCGACCAGCAAGACACAGCAAGCGCCGAAACACUUCAAGAUACAUAUCAUUCAUAUAUGGCGGAUUCAGCCAUGGAUUUCGACGAUUCGCUGGAUUUUGAACUUGAUGAUCCACCCUUAGUUGCCACAAAGAAAAGGAAAAAGGUAAUUGGAUUGGAUGAUCUCUUUAAUGAUCACAAGAAGGAGCAGCUGAAAAAGAAGAAGGAAAAGUCUAGGGGUGUGAAGGGUCCGAAAGUGGUUGAUUCAGACGAUGAUGAUGUUAAUGAGACCGCAAAUAAACUUUCUGAAGUCCUUGAUGAUUUUAAGAAGACGAUAUGUGAAGUUGACGGGCAUGAUGGUGGGUUGAAUGAUGUUGGACAGGAAGAUGUUACCUGGAGCUGGGGUCUGCAAGUCUUUGGAACUCAGAGAACUCCAUUGCCCUUGGUUGUUCCUCAGCUUGAAGAGUGCUUGCUGUUACAGAACUCUCUGAGUGAUGAACUGAAAGUGCUGUUGGAUCAUAGCUCACAGAUGGGAGAGACAUUUCUUGAAGGAUUACUCUUGAAUGGAUGGCUUUCUAAAUUGAUUAUGAUAUGUGGGUAUCUAGAACAACCAAUAGCUAAAUGGACCCUUAAUCUGUUGUUCUACUCAUCUGAGGAAUUGCUGAUGGCUUCUGCUUGUGACUUUUGGUGUGCCAUUCUGUGCAAUAAGACUGGUGCACCUGCGGUUAAGGUCGAAUGGCUGCCUAGCUUUCUGGACCUAAACAGAGCUCUUGAAAGCUAUGGAUUUCAGUUGCAUUUGUCAACAAUUAAUUUGACUCCUGUGGAAUCAACUCCUGACACAGGCUCUAAUCGUAGAGGACCUCCAACUAACAUCAGAGCAUGGAUCAAAUUUGCUGAAGCUUGUUGUCAAGUAAGGAGUUAUAUGAUAUUGUCAACACAAGAAGUUGAAGAUUUCAUAGGAAUUCUUAUCUGCCUCUUUUUGGAAAGGCAAUUACUAGGCUUAAGUGGAGCUUUGCAUAAUUGCUUGCGAUCAGCUAUCAACUUCUUUGAGGAGAAAGAAUGGAAUAGGAGCUGUGAGGAAGUUGUUAAAUCAAUUGCAGACAGAAUACCUGUAGAUUUGAGUUGCUUGAGGGCGGUAGAGUGCAUUUCAGGAGCUGAUACUCGCAGCAAGCAACUCAGAAGUGCUGUAGCUUAUCGAUUUCUGACAAGUUGUUAUGCUGAGCUACAGCUAACCAGUGGGAAGGAUGUCCUGAAAUUUCUGGUGUCAAUAAAUAUGAAAGACAAGACCUGCAAUCUUUUCAAGAUAUAUCUUUGCUUAGUUCUUGCUGAAAACUGGCUCCUUUUUGGGUCUGAAACCAAAACUUUCGUCAAUGAGCUAUGGAGCAGCUUUAUCCGUAAGUGUUCGAUCCAAAUCUCCAACACAGAUUUCAGGCCUUGUGCUCAAGAGAUCCGUAAUCGAGCUUCUUAUAUUCUACAAAGCAUGUCCAGAAAUUGAUGGUUUUUGGAUUAUAUGAAGAUACCUCAAGCUUAGAGUAGUAUACUGCACAUAUUUAGCUCUGUAUGGCUCGACGGUAGACCCCUGAUGCAAGAUGGCAAGGAACUAAGUCAGGCUAACCCAUCAGUGCUUCGAAAUCUCUCCCUUUUUCUUCAUUUUGUUGUUGAAAGCACUUGGGUCAAAGUUUUGUAGAUAGCCCUGGCUUCAGGUUUCUCUUCUAAAUCUUGGUGCUAUUAAAUUUUUGUGUACAAAGGACUUGUAGGCAGUACGUAAUUUAUCUCAGUGCUCAUGUAAGAAGAUGGUGAUAGUAAGUAGGGGGCGGUAACUAGUUAAGCUCGAGAUCUAUGUUGUUUAGCUAGUUUCUUAAUACUUUUA